ACAACAUGGCGAUUUCUGUAAAACAACUUUAUUAGUCGUUAUUUCAUUCGAGUGCUUUUAAAGUUACAAAAGUUGUAGUAUUACUGACAUUUAACUUAAAACUUAUUAUAAUUUUCAUUAAAUUACAGUUCCCAUAGAAGUAGUGGACAUAAAAGUGUACUGCAAAGUAGGUGCAAAAGUGGAGAUCAAUGAACCCAUAGUUAUUACUCAUUAUUUACCAUGCCCCGGCGUGUAAUAGAGGCAGAAUAUAGUUUAGCAUUAAAAAGAAAGAAGAUAGAGGAGCCACCGAGCUGCGACGUGAGUUUUUCAGACGAUGAAGCCUUGCCUUCUGGAAUAAUCUUCACGGAUGUUUCCCAAAAGAAAUGGCGACUUGGAAAGCCUAUUGGAAGAGGUAGCUUUGGCAGAAUCUAUUUAGCGUCUGAUGAAAUAGACAAAGAAGUUACAAAAUGUAAUGCCAGGUAUGUGGUUAAGAUAGAACCACAUUCCAACGGGCCGUUGUUUGUGGAAGUUCACUGUUUGAUACGCACUGCACAGGCUGCAAAGGUUAAAGAAUGGUGUCUGGAAAAGAAGCAGAAACGUCUCGGUAUGCCUCUCUACAUUGCCAGCGGAUCCUUUGUUGAUGAAAACACUGAUACAAAAUACAGAUUUUUGGUGUUACCGCGUUAUGAUAUUGAUUUGCAGAAAAUUAUAUCUAGAACAAAAGUUCUGGACCUAAGAAAUGUGUUACUGAUAGCCCUACAAAUACUCGAUGUGUUGGAAUAUCUGCACAGUCAGGGCUACACACAUUCUGACAUAAAAAGUUCCAAUUUAAUGCUCGGAUUUGACAGAAGCAAACUCAACAAGACCAGCAAACUGGUUCCUUCAUUCCAGAAAGACACAAAACUGGUUUUGGUUCCUAGGAAACAUAAAAAAUCUAAACCGAAUAAAUCAAGAACGUCUAAUUAUUAUGACGACGAAGACUUUAUAUUCAGAGAGAGGUCCUCCACUGAUAGCCAAGAUGCUAAUGAAGAGAAGAGAUUAGCGAGUGUUAAGAAGAAACUGAGGAAAAUCCUCUCCGAUAAAGACAGUCGCACUUUACAUAGGCAUCACGCAUUUAAUCUCAGACAGUUGUCUAAUUAUGUGAAUUAUGAAGACAUGAACAGCUCUAUAUGUUCAGAUAGAUCGUACCAGAAACUUUUAGAUGAUUUCGGGAAUUUUAGCACUUGUAAGAACGGCGAAAAAUUUGAAAUUAACAAGAGUGAUAUUGAAUUGCACAAGGAAGCUGUAUAUACACAAUCUAACGGUCAAGUAUAUUUGCUAGAUUAUGGACUGGCAUCAAAAUUUUUGGAUGCCGAUGGUAAACACAAGGAUUUUGGGAUGGAUGCGCGAAAAGCUCAUGAUGGAACCUUAGAAUACAGUUCAAGGGAUUCGCACAUUGGAGCACAUUCACGGAGAUCAGACUUGGAGACGCUGGGUUACAAUAUCUUAGACUGGCUCACUGGAAAACUGCCGUGGAAGACAGCAGAAGUACUAUCAGAGCCAGAUUUGGUCCAUGUCUUGAAGAAAAACUUUAUGGCUGAUAGAAAGACACUGUUCCGAGCGUGUUUCAAGUCUGACUUCUAUCCGCAGUUCUUGGAGAAAUAUUUUGAUUACAUCACAAACUUGGAUUUCACAGAGAAACCAGAUUAUGACUACAUCAGGAGUUUGUUUAGAAGUGAAUUGUUGAGAAAUAAUUAUUCGUUUGACAAAGAGUUGUCGGUUAACUUUGCUGAAGCCCCAAUGUCUCCUAGUAGGAAAAUGGCCAAAAAGUUUGGACGAAAGAAUACCCCACCAGAUUUCAUAGUUAGAAACGGUAUUAAGAAAGCGUAUGAGAGAGAAAAUGUGUUCUCCUUUGAGAAUGAUCUUAAAUUGGAGCUACUAAAGCAAACAUUGAAUACCUCUACAGAUGGUAUUAGAAAACCAUGCACGUCAAGAAACUUUUUCAUAUCAGACGCUGAUCUUGUGGCUCGGUUAAAAAAAUCUCUUAUGCCUCAUGACAUGUUCGGAAAGAAACUUUCUCCUAAGAACUUGAGGUCGAAACAGAAGCCGUUGACCAAACGUAAAGGUGUGAAGCGUCAUAGAAACAGCAUCGGCAAGUUCGGUAAAUUCAUGGGUUCGGCAAAACAGUUUUCGUGGGCUGAGAUUUUAGCUGGAAACCCGGAGGACUUGUUGAGGAAGGACAGGAAUGUGGCAGACGAUGAUAUUGAUAGCACUUGUAGGUACCGCAUAAGAAAACUAUCCAACUCCUCAGAUUCAUCAGAGACAAAUCUCCAAUCUCCAUUACUCCAAAAAGAUUACUUACAAGAUAUGAACCCAACGUACGCUAUGAAGGAAGUCAUAGCUAAUUUGAAGAAGAGAAUAGCUGGUAAGACUAUAAAAGAAGAUGAGACAGAACCAGGCUUAGAAGGCUACACGCCAGCCAUGGUUAGAGUUUACAAACAGAAAGAAAAAAAUGAGAUGAAGGAAAAAGAAGAAGCAAAGAAGACAAUCACAGAGAAGAAAGAAACUCAAACUAGAUGCACAAGGUCUAUGAGAUCUAAGAGAACAAAACCUGAGAAAUCAGAAGAUAAAGAAGAGGAAAAGAAAAAAUCAGCAAAACCUAAAACUGACAAGGCAAAAUUAGAAGAGACUUCAAAUAAAGAAGAAUUUAUAAAAGAUGAGGAAAAAUCAGAAACUAAAAAGAAUCCUAUAAACAAUGUUAAAGUUAGGAGGUCUACAAGAUCUUCUAAAACCACAAAAACGACUGUUAAGAAGACUGUUACGAUUGAUGAUUGUGUACAAAAAUCUCCUAAAAAGACAGUAAGAAAGACACAAGUCAUAGUAAAUAGGAGACGACUGAGAAGUAGCAAAAGGCAAAAGUAGAAUAAACACCAGUUCAAGCAUAAUGUAGGAUUUAAGUGAGCAUUUCCUUUAUUUUAGGGCUGAUUUUUCAUUUGUGAAAUAACUUUUACCAGAGUGAUUUUGACACUUUGAUUUUUUUAGAGUGGCAAAAUUCAUCAGAUAAAAGUUAUGUGACAAAAAAAGUUAGCACCCAGUCAGAUUUUUUUAUUAUUUUGAUUAUAUCUUUAAAAAAUAUAUAAUUCUGGGGACUGACUCGUAUUGCGAUAUUUGCACAUUACGCACAAAAUGAAUUCGAAGCCAGACGGCGGACCUUCGUAAUUUCGUUAGUUUAUAUCCAGCUCAGCUUCAUAUGACAUCAUACGACGCAACCCGAUCAAAUCAUGUCUAGAUCCGUAAUUUGCCUAAAAAUCUGUUUCCCUGAUACUGAUAGUACAUUUUUGUUCAUGUCAGUUGAUAAAAUCUCUCUUAAGUAACAUAACAUAAAGCUAACAUUUCAAUGCUCGGAAUACCGUCGAAUCGUCGAACAGCGUUUAAUCGAUUUAAUGUGCAAAGAUCGAUUCGACUCGGAUUCGCAAAAAUUCUCAACUCGAUUACUUGUAAGAAAUAUUAUUUUUUCGAAUCCUAGUCGAACAAACUGGAACUCCAGAUUUUGGAUUGUAAAUUCCUGAACUUUAUGUUCUAGAAAGCAUUUGUGAUAUGUUUGACAUCCAUUAUAUUUUCUUUUGGAUAUUAUAUAAUUGAGAAAAACUGAUUCCUUAGCUUGACAUUUAUAUUUUUUGUUAAACCUUAUUUUUCGUCAAUAAAUGAGCGAUGAA